AUGGCUAUCAAGAAGUCUACGAAAAAGGUCGUUUCCGACAAUGUGGCCACGGGAAACAACGAGAUCACUCUUAGGGAGUCGAUCUUCCCCCUCUUUUUGGUGACGAUCUUGUUUUUCCUCUGGGGAUUUGCAUACGGAUUGUUGGAUGUCUUGAACAAGCAUUUCCAAGAAGUCCUGCAUAUCACUAGAUCUCAGAGCUCCGGGUUGCAGGGAGCAUACUUUGGUGCAUACUUCCUCGGCCCCUUGACAUUCUCCGGUUACAUUCUCCGCCGAUGGGGAUACCGCGUUGCCUUCAUGACUGGUCUCUGCAUUUACGGAGUCGGCGCAUUGAUGUUCUGGCCCUCCGGAAUGAAGGAAUCCUUCGGUGGAUUCUGUGGUAGCAUGUUCAUCGUCGGAUGUGGUCUUUCAACCCUCGAGACCGCUGCCAACCCUUACAUUUCCGUCCUUGGACCCCCCAAGUACCUCGAGAUGAGACUCAACUUGGCCCAGGCCGUCCAGGGUAUGGGAACUGUCCUCGCUCCCGUUCUCGCUUCCCAUGUGUUCUUCAAGAGUGUCUCCGACUCAGCACUCCAGAGCGUUCAAUGGGUCUACCUCGCAAUCGCCUGCUUCGUCUUCUUCCUCGCUGUCGCCCAGGACGAUGCCGCAGAGGGCACUGAAACCACCUCCUCCAAGCCAAUCUGGCAACAGAAGACCCUCAUCUGGGGUGUCCUUGCUCAGUUCUGCUACGUCGGAUCUCAGUGCGCCGUUGCUGGAUUCUUCAUCAACUACGUCACCGAAGCUAAGCCUGGUCUCUCCUCUGCCGAAGGAUCCAACUUCCUCUCCAUCGCACAGGCUGGUUUCGCCAUUGGUCGUUUCAUUGCCGGUUUCUCCAUGAAGUUUGUCAAGCCCCGUCACAUUCUUUUCGUCUUCUUGGCUGGAUGUGUUGCAUUUGCCGCCGCCUGCAUCAAGGGAGAGGGAAACACUGCUGUUGCAUUGAUCCAUCUUGUCCUGUUCUUUGAGUCUUGCUGUUUCCCAACCAUCUUCUCGCUCUCCCUCCGUGGUCUCGGAAGACACACCAAGCGUGGCGCCUCCUUCCUUGUUGCAUCCGUCUGUGGUGGUGCUGUCUUCCCACCAAUGAUGGCCGUCGUCUCUGAUUCUAGGAACUCCACAAGGUUCGGAAUGAUUGUACCAAUGGCUGGCUUUAUCGCGGCAUUCUCAUUCCCCAUCUACUUGAACCUCUUUGAGGCCGAGAGGCUUGACUCCUACUCCAAGUCCACCGUCGGUCUUGACAACAAGAUGUCUGAUUCCGAGAAGCUCGGUAUCGACAGCGACAAGGGCACUGAAGAGAUCAGAGUUGAGAAGUUGUAA